CAUGAGCUUAGCUACACUACAUAGAUAGAUAUCGAUAUGAUAUGAUGGCUUCUUUCAGGCCUUUCUCCCUCUCGUCGCCGAUGACAACGACGAUGCUCCUGCUCUUUCUUCUCCUCUGCACGAAUUCCGCCACCGCCGACGUCGCCGGCAGCAAUGGCGGCUGCGGCGGCUUCAAGCGCAUGUUCAGCUUCGGCGACUCCAUCACCGACGCCGGCAACCUCGCGACCAUCAGCCCUCCCGACGCCUCCUUCAACAGGCUCCCCUACGGCGAGACCUUCUUCGGCCACCCCACCGGCCGCUUCUGCGACGGCAGGCUCAUCGUCGACUUCCUAGCGGAUGAUCUGGGGCUGCCGUUCCUGACGCCGUUCCUCCGGGCGAAGUCGCCGGAGGACUUCCGGCAGGGGGCCAACUUCGCGGUGGCCGGAGCGACGGCGCUGAGCCAGGACUUCUUCAAGCAGAUGGGGCUCAACCUCACCAUCAUACCUCCAUUCUCGCUGGACGUGCAGCUCGAGUGGUUCAAGAGCGUGCUUAAUUCUCUUGGCUCUACAGACCAAGAACGCAAAGAAAUUAUGUCUAAAUCCCUAUUUCUAAUGGGUGAGGUUGGAGGCAAUGACUAUAAUCACCCCUUCUUCCAGAACCGAUCAUUUACCAAUGAGAUCAAGCCAUUGGUGCCAAAAGUCAUAGCCAAGAUUGAAAAUGCCAUCAAGGUCCUGAUUGAUCUAGGAGCCAAGACGAUUGUGGUUCCUGGAAAUUUUCCUAUAGGGUGUGUUCCAAGUUAUCUUACUAUGUUCCAAAGUAAGUCAAGUCCGCAAGACUAUGAUGCCUUCGGAUGCAUAAAGUGGUUGAAUGACUUCUCGGUGUAUCACAACCGUGCACUAAAACGCAUGUUGCACCAGAUCCGUCGUGAUCCAACAGUUACCGUACUCUAUGGUGAUUACUACAACACCGCUUUAGAAAUCACCCAUCACCCUGCUGUCCAUGGGUUCAAGAAGGAGACUGUCUUGGUUGCAUGCUGUGGGGAUGGUGGGCCCUACAACUCCAACUCAUUGUUCAGUUGCGGUGGCCCGUCAACAAAUCUUUGCACUAACCCAUCGACAUACAUCUCGUGGGAUGGAGUGCAUCUUACUGAAGCCGCUUACAAAUUUGUGGCCCAUCACAUGUUACAUGGCCUAUAUGCUCAUCAACCUUCCUUAUCUCCCAAAUGAAGAAAUGAUCUGCAUGUACAAUAGGCUUUUAAAAAGAACAUACAAUAGUGCCAACAACUUUAAAUGGUGUAUCGAAGGUGUGUGCGUCUAAUAUAUUGUAAUUUAAAAUAGUUUUUGGUGUGUCUA